UCUUGAUUGAAGCCCAUGCAAGAGACUUCUAACUGGAGCGAAAUCCUCAACAUCUGAUCGAUUUGCUAAGUUCUAAUUGCUGUUGUCUACGAAGGAAACCACUUGCUUUGCCAGUCGGCCCUGUUUUUUUAUGGCGAUGCUGUCGGGGACUUUUCCGAUCCUCGAAUCACCGCUGAAAAAGGCAAAACUUGAUGCAGAGGAAAGCAGCCCAAGUUCGCCACUAAGCGAAAUUCCGAGCGACGACGACGAAGGUUUGGAGCACAUCAACGACAAAACCCUCAUCGAGGAAUAUCUGAAGUAUGAACGCCAGAUCGAUGAAAGUGGUGUAAGCAGUAAUACAAUUGAUUGAUGGGUUCUUGUAUAUGGAUGCAUAUGAUAUGUAAACCGAUUUUUUUUUAUGUCUAACCAUUGUGGUGUAAGCAGUAAUACACUUGUUUCAUAACAUUUGCGGCUGUGGAUAAAAGUACUAACCAGUGUGCUACCUAUCAAACUCAAAUACUUUGUGGUCAUGAUAGGGAGUACAAGCAAAUGGCAUUCAUCAGGAGGAAAGGUGAAAAGAAAGAUAUUCUUUUUCCUGUUGAUUUAGAAGAUGAAGAGGAUUACAAGCGGAUUAAGAAGUGUAUUGAUUAUGCUCUUUACGAGAACAGUGAGAUGCAGGACGAUAUAUUGAAAUCCCAGCUGCUGCAGCUUCAACUUAAGAAGAUUGUGAAUGCUGUCCAGAACACAACAGACCACCGUGUCUAUCACAUAGUAUUUGAGGCGAUGGAUGUCAUGACACACCAGACUAAUACUUACUUUGCUGUGGCGACUUAUGCCUCUCGUGUGGAAAAUGAUUUAAUUGGGGUGCCAGUCCUGUGGUGGAAAGGUCAAAAGAAUCGUAAGUUCAUAUAUAUACAUAUCUUCGUUCUUCUUUUUGGGCAGAUUGAGGAUAUCUCUAGUUUUCACCAUUGUUGGCCUCUUUUUAAAUAAAAAAAAAAAAAUUGGUUGGUUGGGCUACUAUCCGUUGGGGGUGGGACUGGGGACAACCCAAACGGCUAUAUGAAGUCAUGUGACAAAGCCAAAGGAUCGGGAGGUGCGGGAAGUUCCGAUUGAUUACAAUUUUCAAAAUGUUUAUCCUUUAAAGUUUGUUUUAAUUUUCAAAUGUAGUUCCUAUUUCAUUUCAAAUAAAUGCAAUUGAAGUUUGUUUUUAAUACUCGUAUAAAACUAUAAACUAUAAAAUAUAAAUUAUAAAAAAAAAUUAACCGGCCCGACCCGAAUCGGACCCGACCCGUGACCCGGGCGGGUGGCCCGGCCCGAACCGGACCCGUCCAACCCUCGGGCCGGUCCUGGGCCCACUUUUCUUGAACCGGCGGCCCGACCGGGCCUAGGCCCGGACCCGACCCGGCCCGAAUCCAUCCCUAGGUGUGGUUUUGGUCUACCUCCUGUAUGGCUCCCUCAAUGGGGUCUUCUAGGGGUGCAAAUGAGCCGAGUUGAGUUCGAAC